GGAGCUGGCGCCUGCGCAGUGGGGCUCUGGUGGCGUAUUUUCCCCCCAAGAGGGGAAGGUGGCGGCCGGCGAAGCGGAAGGGGGCGGUGCUUUGCUCGCCGGGUGUCGUUGCCGCUACCGCCGCCAGUCUUGGCGGAGGCCGUUCAGCAGAGAGGGGCGCGGUGCGGCUGGCGGCGAAGGCGACGACGAGGGAACUACCUCUUAUGAAAUAAAGAAAUGGAUGGAAUGGAUGAAACAUCUAAAAGAAUCCUUCUAGAGCCAUACCAGUAUUUACUUCAACUACCAGGUAAGCAAGUGAGAACCAAGUUGUCACAGGCCUUUAAUCACUGGCUGAAUGUUCCAGAAGAUAAAAUACAGGUCAUCAUUGAAGUGACAGAGAUGUUGCACAAUGCAAGCCUACUUGUUGAUGAUAUUGAAGAUAACUCAAAGCUACGACGAGGCUUUCCAGUGGCACACAGUAUCUAUGGAAUCCCAUCAGUAAUCAACUGUGCUAAUUAUGUGUAUUUCCUUGGCUUAGAGAAGGUUUUAACCCUUGAUCACCCAGAUGCUGUUAAAGUUUUUACUCGUCAGCUACUGGAACUCCAUAAAGGUCAAGGCUUGGAUAUUUACUGGAGGGAUACUUACACAUGUCCUACGGAAGCUGAAUAUAAAGCUAUGGUACUGCAAAAGACAGGUGGUCUCUUUGGAUUAGCUGUAGGCCUCAUGCAGCUCUUCUCAAACUAUAAAAAAGACUUAAAACCACUUCUUAAUACACUUGGUCUCUUCUUCCAAAUAAGGGAUGACUAUGCCAACUUACACUCCAAAGAAUAUAGUGAAAACAAGAGUUUUUGUGAAGACUUAACUGAGGGCAAGUUCUCGUUCCCAACUAUUCAUGCAAUUUGGUCAAGACCUGAAAGUACUCAGGUGCAAAACAUUUUACGUCAAAGGACAGAGAACAUAGAUGUAAAAAAAUACUGUGUACAUUAUCUUGAAAAUGUGGGUUCCUUUGAGUACACUCGGAAUACACUGAAAGAGCUUGAAUCUGAAGCCUAUAAACAAAUUGAAUCACUUGGGGGAAACCCUGAGCUUGUAGCACUAGUUGAACACUUGAGCAAAAUGUUCAAAGAAAAUGAAAACUAGCAUUUAUUUAAUUCCUGGGGACAAAUAAUUGUUUUAAAUGAGGUAAUUAACCAGACUGUUCUUAGAUGAUGUAAAAUGUGAAAUCAGUCUCUUAUUUCUCUCAUUGCUAGGCUGUAGAAAUUACUUCUGGAAAUACUUUGUAUGGUCACUGAGUACUGAAAUACAACCUAUUAUCUCUAUAGCCUUAACUGUAACUGUGUACAGAUAGCUUUGUUAAAACAGAUCUACUCAAACUGAACCAAGUCUUGAAUCUAAAUGUGAUCUUUACACAAUCAAUGGCAUUAUUUCAGCCCUAAAACUCCCAUAGGUUAUAGCAUUUCUUUAACUAGGCUAUUGUAGGUUUCUGGCUGAAAUUCCGUAUUAAAUCAAAUCUGUCUGACCAGAGUGGCUUGUGUGUUUUUAAACAAUGAGAUACAGUUAACUUACUGGACUAAGUAACAAAAGGAGGUACUUGCAGCCUUAAUGCCUACAUGAAUGUUGCCUGAUACUUACAAAUCAGAAUUGUGAAGAACAGAUGGAUCAGCCUUACUAAGUUCUAGUGGGAAUAGCACAUCCAGCUUCUGAGGAUAUUUUCAGGAGAAUACAAAUUAUAAAAGGUUAUAAUUUAUAUCCAAAUGAAACUAAUCUUUAGUUUGAAGCAGUAGCUAGAUAAAGACUUCCAUGUACCUUAGGGAAAAUCUAUUGCAUCAACAAAGCAUAAAUUUGCCACCAAUUCUAGCUCUGCUCUUAGAUUGUAUGGCUUCAUAUCUUUAAACUGUCAAAUAUGUUGUUACUCACUUACACAGCCUAGGAUUUAAAUCUACAAAUUAGAUGAUGCAGUAUACAUAACUGCAGCUAACAACAUAGCAAGCUGCCACUAGGGGUGGGAUGGGAUGGGAUUCACACUACAUAACUUUAAGGCACUGUAACUGAGGGAAGUAUCUUUCCUCUCUGCUUACAAUUGAGAGCACCUUCUCCAGGAGUUGAUUCAUAAUUCAUAUUACAUUCCUGUUCUGAACUGCUCUCUGGAUUCUCUACAGAGGGAGUUUUUCUAACUUUUGUCUAAAACAAGGUACAGCGCCUUGUUUUACAAGCAAUAAUACCACUUUGGUAUUGUUGCUUAUUGCUUAACAAUGAAGUAUUCUGAAUGGAACUGGAACUGAAAAUUGCAUUUCUGGUUUUGCAGCGGGCCUGAUUUUAAAAACCUUUGCUUAUCUGUGGAGGAAAUGGAAAUCCAUAUAUGAAGUUGAACAAAACAUAAGCCAAAAGGAUGUUUGUUUCUUCUUGGCUGUGCUGGCUUUACCUAGGCUCAGUUCCCUUAAUCUUCAUAGCCACUUGAAAUCUUACUUUGGUGUAGAAAGGUAAUGGUUCAGAACAAAAGUGGGAUUGGUGCUAUUUGUGAUGAUGUUUGCUCAAGUAUACUCAUUUAAAAAAAUUGUCUAGAGGUGGUUGGCUUCUGCCAGUUGAAGGAUAGUUUUACAUGUGUGUUCACUUACUGCACCUAGAAAAUGGGGAUAGUCACUUUUGUAGCCUAAUGAGGAGGCUAAUUGAAAAAGGCUUGUCCCUGGGCAGCCUCAGGAUUCUUCAAAAAGUAUUUAACAACCAUGGAAGAAUUCAGGAUAACUGUUUUUAGUCAGAGACAUUAUGUAGUUACAGAUGAUAGACUAUCACUUUUAUCUGCAUGCUGAGAGGGAUCUUUGUCUCUAAAAUGAAAUACUGUGUGAUUAGGCACAGAAUAAUAGCCUUUUCACUGAAUGUACCUGGUUGCUGGUAUUGAAUAGCUUACAGUUGGCAAAAGUUGUAUUUUCUGUAAUGUUAAUGAUAGUGAAUUAUAUUUCCUUUUUCUUAACUUGCAGUGCUUAGUAAUGAGCCUUAUGUUUUUAAACUUGUCUGGAAAAACACUCUCUGCAGCAAAGUGCAAUGUCUAUUUUGUGUUAUUAAAUAAACUGUCUUGGGGGGGUUUCUAACCACUA